UUAAAAUAUAGAGGUGACGCGCUUUAAAAAUCAAACUACUAGUUAAAGAUUCAGUGACGUUCUGUGUGCACUUUAAAUUUCAGCUCCAUGUUGUCAUUGCGGUCAAUAGUAUUGGUUGUACUUCUGCAAUCCGGUCGCUGUACUUGCAACAGGCGAGCGGCUCUGGUGCUCCUCUGAAGAUCCGUUUGCGUUUAGUGUAGUUUUUUUUUGCCUUGUUUUUUUUUAUUAUUAUUAAUUAAAAGGGUUUUAGAAAGCAAUUGGGGGAAAAAUGACUGGGGAAGAAGUUAAAGUGGCUAAAGAGCAGCAGGAGCUUAAUCAGGAAACCAAGGAUCAGGAGCCAGAGAUUUCCUACAAAACCAUUGUGCUGACCGGUACUGGGGGUUAUGAUAAGCUGAAGGUAGAAGUCAAGAAGGGUGCUCCAACUCUCAAAUCAGGUGAAAUCCUAGUCCGAGUGCAGGCUUGUGGUUUGAAUUUUUCCGAUUUACUGAUCAGACAGGGUACGUUCAGUAAACACACAUCUCUGGGCAGUGAAUGCGCUGGUGUCGUUGAAGCGAUCGGGGACGAUGUGACCGAUAGAAAGGUUGGUGACAAGGUAAUUGUGCUGAAUGUUGAUGGAGGACUUUGGGCAGAGCUGGUGGCAGCGAAGGUCAAUCAUACCUUCUUGAUGCCUGAUGGGAUGAGUUUUCAAGAUGCAGCUGCAAUCUCUGUCAAUUAUAUCGUUGCAUACAUGAUGAUCAAUGACUAUGCAAAUCUGCGUCCAAAUCAGAGCAUUCUCAUCCAUAUGGCAGCUGGUGGCGUAGGGUUUGCUGCAACACAGCUAUCGAAGCUGGUUAAAGAUGUGACAAUUUUUGGUACUGCCUCCACCUCCAAACAUGAAACUAUCAAAGAAAAUGGUGUGACUCAUCCAAUCGAUUACAUCACCUUGGAUUAUGCUGAAGAAGUUCGCAAGAUUUCCCCCAAAGGUGUUGACAUUGUCCUGGAUCCACUGGGAGGAGGUGACAAUGCUAAAGGCUUUGGCUUGCUCAAACCAUUGGGAAAACUUGUCAUAUAUGGUGCUGCAAAUCUGGUGACUGCACCGAAACGCAGUCCGCUGAUCGCGGCGAAGGUUUGGUGGCACAAGUUCAACAUUGAUGCCUUCCAGCUAAUGAACAGCAACAAAGCUGUAUGUGGCUUUCACCUGGGCCGCACAGACCCCGAGCAGGUUGCAGAAGUUGUUGGCAAGCUGAUUUUGCUGUACAAUGAAGGGAAAAUCAAACCUAAAGUGGACUCUGUAUGGUCAUUCGAGCAGAUUGGUGAUGCUAUGAAGCAUAUGCAGGAGCACAAGAACAUUGGAAAAAUCAUUCUGGUCCCUGAAGUCAAGACAACUGAUGCCACAACUGAUGCCACAACUGAAGCCAAAACAACUGAAAAUUAAGUGUUUCUAUAAGCAGGGGAUAACCUCAUGAAUUAGCUUAAAUUCCUAACAUUCAUUUCUUUUGACCUGAAGGUAGAUGUGAUAGUUUGGCUGAAGUAGGGAAGUGAUUCCUGACUGAUUUACUCCUAUAACCAGACUUGAGAGUUUGCUUGCUUGUGACACUGUUGUAAUGUUAGUAUUGUUCCCUUUAUAUUCUUGCUACCCGCCACCCAUGAAGUUCUGUCAGAAGCCUGGUAAAUGCAUAGGAAAUUGACUUGCAGUAAACUGCAUGUUGUCCUUUUCAGACCACUGCUAUGAAUUGUCUUUGUGGCCUUCCAUGAAAUAACUAACUGAUUUAUGGUGUCUAACAAGCAGUUAGAGGCAAGGUCUUAGCUGUUUGCUGUGGACAGCAUGUUUUGGGUAAUGGUAAGAAUCCUUCAAACCACUUUUUUAAUCAAUGGCUUCAAAUGGCUCUCCUCAAAUGGUGCUCUCGAUGUAUAAUUUGCAGCAGCCAUCCCUUCCUACAGUUUCAUAUUAAGCUUUUCCCCAACAAGUUUUGUAUAGAACCCUAAAACUGGGGAGAUACUGACUUCAUUCUCGGUUAGUAGUUUGAAUCCAUGGUUUAAGAAUUUUCAAAGGUGCCAAUUGAGACAAUUGUAGGGUUGUGUAAUGUUCAUGGUCAGUUGAUUUGGCUUGACAGAUCAUUGAAUAGUAAAAUUCUGAGGCAUGUUAAGUUUCUGUACUAAAGGUAUCAUUGAGGAAAAUGGAAGCCAUUCAAUUCUAAAUGAGUUUCUUUCUCUUUGGGUUUCUACUGAAGCGCUUUGAGCUUUGUCAAUUAUAACUUGUAGAAAUAUUCUUUUCCUUUUGUAAAAGAUUAGCUCCAAGUCCCACUCAGAACAAGGUGAAGCUCCCAACUCUUGUACAACGGGGAUCUUCUUAAAUGAUCAAAUUGUAGAGUAUCGCCACUUUCCCAAAAUAUAACCUUGCCAAAGGCAACUUUUCUGUGCUGGUCUAAUCUGGAAUAACAUCCAGGUUUAGCCUUUAGUUUGAUGCCAAGGGUUUUUAUCUGCUGUUCAAAUGUUUGUGCAGAUAUAACUAACUUGCCAGGUUUAUGCUCUAGUUUGGCAUGGCUACUGUUUAAAAUGGAUUCCACUUAUUUUCUCUAGCUAGAAAAUGUUAAACUAACACCCCCUUUUUACUUUCUUCCCCCCCACCACCCAUGUCUCAGCAGUACAAGGUACACUGAGGGGAAACAUGGAGCUAGUGAUGUGCACCCUCUAAUCUAGUUCCAUAUUUGCCAUCUGAGCUUCACUGUCAAAACCUUAAACCUACAAGUCCCAAAAGUGGAUCUAUUCUGAAAUGGUCUGACCACUUCCAUCUCUGUGUUGCCAUAGGAGAAAAUGAUCUUUUGAAGCCAAAUACAAAUCUGCUGCAGACACCCAAGAUUAACAUGUUUUUAAGAAUUAAUAAUGCAAGCCAAAGCUGAUGCACUUAAUUUGAUCCACUGAAACCAAUAUGAAUUACUCCAUUCAGUUUUCCAGUUGCAGCAAAAUGUUUAAGCAUGAUUUUAUGGAGCUGAACAACUUGUGUACACCACCUCAAGCAUGAAGUGCUGUAGGUUUGCAGUAGUACUAGCAACUUUACCUUGCUUUAGUGCUUCAAAAUAGAGUACCAUUUUAUUGCUGCACCAGAGCUGAUAACUUUAACUUUUGGGUGAAAUGCAUGCCAUCUGGACAUUAUAAGCUCCAACUUCUGAAUAAAGUUGUAAGUAUUUCCACAGCUCCCAGCUAAUUUUACUUAACAUUCCUUUAUUCUGCAAAGGACAAUUGGGUUGUAGUUACCAGGUCUGAUUUUUGUGCUUUUGUUUGAGAUUCAGGUAUUCGUGUCUGGGGGUUUUUUUCCACUGAUGGUGCCAUAUAUCUGGGGCAACAAACCAAUGUAGAUCUGCCUAUCAAAUCGUAGUUGCCAGCCAAACCAGAAUACAAAACCAGUGCCUUGAAUUCUCAUUUUGUUAAAUUCUUUCUCGGAUAUUUCUACAGAUGUUAAUUCAGAUUUCAAAAUGAAUGUUUCUUUUUAAAUAUGGAAAGUGGUUUUUAAAAAAAAAAUACAUUUGGUUGUAGUGUUAGCCUCUUCUAGACAUGUGUUUGUUGUACUGGGAUACAAGGUGGCUGUGAAUAACACGAGAAGUGGAGAGGUGUGGAACAAAUGUGCUGCUGUUCAUUUUGCUUGUACGUUAUCCACCCAGAAUGACCCCUCACAUUACGUUCAGUAUGUAACACACGUGCAGACUUGAUGUGCUGAGAACAAUUUGCUUCCAUAAAUGCCUUGAACAUUUCAGACAGAGUUGUGGGCCAUUGUCACAUACAAGCUGAGGAAGCCCAAAACAGCUAAAGGUGGAACAUAGCUGCUCAGUUCAUUUUUCAGAUGUAGUGCUCUUCAUGAUGGCAACCUCAGGCCAUUUGCCAUGUGUGUCCACUAUGACCAAGAACAUGGGGCCUUCUACAGGUCUUGCAAAAUCUGUGACUCCUCUGCCAUGGUUCAGGCCAUUGCCAUGCAUGCAAAGGAGCAAGUUGAGAAACAUUCCUCAGUGGCUGACGAUGUGGGUGUGCUUUGACCUUUUCUUCAAUGGUUACAUCCAGUCCUGGCCACCAGAGGUGGCAGUGUGCAAUUUCUUUCAUGUACACUUAACCAAUACCCUGCAUGUAGUUCGUCAAGCUGUGCUUUCUUAAUGGUGGAGGAAUGACAAUGCACUGGCCCAAUUGUAAACAUCUUGAACAGGGAGCUCCUUCCAUUGAGCCUGCUAAGGUCUCAGUUCUAUGGUUGGCCCUCCUUUCCAUUCCUGAGUUACCACUUGCAUAGAGCAGGGUCAGUACAUGUGUGCUUCUGGAUGUGCCACAGUUAUCGGAGCUGUAGAUCUUUCCUUGAAGUAAAAGACCACUUUUGGGGAUGGCUCCGAAGCUGUAACAGGUAAGGGGAGUCUGGAUAGUCCAUCAGCAUUCAGGCCUCCUGUACCUUGUAUCGUACUGUUGUGCAGAUAGUAACACAGCCCGACAUUGCAUUCGACUAGCAGCCAGGGGAGAAAUGCCCAACAUGUAUUCCUUCAAAAUUGACGUCAAGGAGUGAUCUGUCAGUGGUGUAAAUUGUCACUCAAAGAGGAAUUGAUGGAAUUUCUUAACUCCAAAGACCAUUGCGAGCGCUUCCUGCUCAAUCUGGGCAUGGUGGCUUUCUGCCUUGCUUAAUGUCCUUGAUGUGAAAGCCGGUGGACGCUCUUGCCUGCUGGCAUGAUGUGUGAGAUAACUACCCCGACACCAUAGCGUGAUGAGUCACAGACCAACUGUAUGGCAAUGACUGGUUGAAGCACGUGUGUGCUUCAGAUUGUGACAAAGCUAACUUGACCCUUUCUAAAAGCCUCUUCACAGUGAUGUGUCCACUGCCAGUGUGUUGAUUUAUUAAAUGUCCAUGACCUGCUUUCAGCAUGCUAGCUCAGUUAGGAACAAACUUUGCAUACUAUGUUAGUAGUCUUAAGAAAAAUCUUAAUUGACUUGUGUGGUGAUGGAGUCUCCACAAUUUCCUUCCCCUUUGGUGCCUUGUGAAGCCAUAGGUUGUUGAUCACAUGGCCCAAAUAUUCCAUCGAUGGUUCAAAGAACUCACACUUUUCCUUCUGGGCUCUUAGUCCACAUUCCUGGAGUCUUUGUAGUGCAGCAGCCAAGUUUUGUAGGUGCUGGGGAUCACUUUUCCUAGUAUGGAGCAAGUCGACCAAAUAGCAUUGUACCCCUGUCAACCCACUCAGGAUCUGGUCCAUUGCUCGCUGAAAAAGUGCAGGAGCCCAGGUGAUGUCAAACAAUCUCUUUUUAGGACAGGAACCACUGGAGUUAUUCAUUUACACACUGAUUCCAAUAUUUAAUCUGGACCAGUCUUUCCAAUUCAGCCUCUACCUUUAGUUUGAGGCUGUCUGGGACAGGUCUGGUCUUCAGGCAUUUGGGUGUUGUGGUGGUAGUAACUCCUUUCAUACUGCCCUGUUCUCCACUGAAUGCUUCUGCAUAUUUCUUCAAUACCUCUGGCAGACCAGCACUCCCACCACUCAGGUGCUCUUGUGCCAGUUGAGUUUGAGUUGCUCCAACCACGAGUGGCCCAGAAACACUGGAUAAUGAUCUUUAACAAUGUACAGUGGACGUUUCUUUCUCUGCUCAUUAAUCUCCACUGUAACGUGUACCACUCCCCUCACUGGAACAGCCUCACCAGUGAAAGCCUUUAAAGUCAACCUUGCCCCUUCUGGGGUGAGAUCCUGCAAUUUCUCCUUGUAAACUGUGACACCAGUGAUACUGCAGCUCCUGUGUCCCCCUGCAUCCUCACUGUCCAAUCGCAGUCACCCAAAAGACAUUGUCGUGCCCUGAAACAGAUAAAACAAACAAAGCCCUUUCAACCACAGAGUGAGAGCUACUCAGUCCAUCCUCAGUACCCUCCAUUUUGUUGACAUGUUGCUCUUUGUUUUUCCAAAAGUCAGUUUUCUUUAUUAGUUUUUAAUUGACUAUCUUUUUACCUUUACAGGUGUUCAAUGUCACUUUUUUCACCUCAGCUUUGGCAAUCUCAAUCCUUAUACCAGCAUUCUUUGCUGGAUACCCAGUUGUGCCACAACAGUAACAUUGAUUGCCAAAAGGUGUCUGUAGAAACUUUAUGAACUUGGAAAAAUGCACUUAAUAGCUGUGCUUCUUUAGCUGCCAUCUCUGCAGAUGUACUGACCUCAAUUGCCUUCUGUAAUGUUUGUCUUCUGUAAGCAAAGAUUUCUGAAUUGCCUCUACGCAAACAAUGUAUCAUAAAACGUCAUUCUGUGACUGCCCAAAAUCAGUGUUCUGACGAUUGCUUCACCACCACCAUAGACUGAGAUAAACUUGCCUUCCUCUGAUCUCUUAUGAAAUCUAAACCUCAGUGAUGAUCAAAGGUUUAGGUGAAUUGUGACCCUUUAACUAUAUCCUCAUAAGACUUAUUGCCAAGCCUAGCAGACAGCAUGAGACAGCACAAUAAAUUAAAAGCUUUGGACCCAUCAGUCAGAAAAGUUGGAACACGAAUAUCAUCUGAAAUUUGAUUUGCCAGUGCAGAAUAGUCAAAUCUUUCAGUAUAUGAACUCCAUUGUUCUGUCACUUUUGUCAUCUGACCCCAUACUUCAAUAUAUAAUCACGUUAACUUUUCUGGAACUAGUCUUUGUUUCUCCCUCUCACUUGUUCUGCUAAGUUCCAGUUCCUGUUCUCUCACCUCCAAUUCUUCACUUGCAGCAUUCCCUGUGGCUGCUUUUUUUGGUGUGGUGUCUUCUCACUUGCCCACAUCGUACAGCGGUCCAUUCCCAGAGUUGCACACAGACCCUUCAUGCCAAAGGGAACAAAACAACAAAUAUCACACAAGGGCUUGUCACUCUUGUCGCCAGUUGUUUGUGGUACUGGGAAGCUGUGUGACCAUGAAUAACACAAGAAACAGAAAACUGUGGAACAAAUGUGCAGUUCUAUCUUGCUUGUCUGUAAUUUACACAGAAUGCCCUCACACAUACAUUCAGUACAUGAUACGCAGGAAAGCUUGACAGCAAUCUGCAAGGUUCAAAAAGUCCAUGAAUGAUGACAUGCCAGAUCUAAAGAAACUUUAGUUCUUGCCAAUAUUUUUAGAAGCAUGUAAUUAUUAGUUCCUUUAUGUUUAGAAACUUUAUCCAAACUCUACAAGUGUCAUAAUCCAAAAUAUUUCUUUUAAAUCUCUUCAUUGGAUAUGGUUGAGUUUGUUUUCCAAGUGGUUAGAGAGAAUAUGUGACACUUAGACUAAACCCGAUUUAAUUCGGUGCACUGAAUAUUUUUGAGCCAGUGAAUUUUGUCUUCAUUAGAACUUUCUCUACUAAAUUAUCCAAAUGCCUGUUAACAUAUUUAGUUUUCCUAAAAGGAAGCCUUUGCAUGGAAUUCUGAUAUUUCUAAUAGUUGACUAAAAAAAUCAAAGUUUCCCUCUAAUGUGUGAUGACCAGUGUUAGCAAAAAUCUUGUGCUGUGCAAUUUUUUUGCCUAGUAACGUGUGCAGGUAUUCAUUUUAGCAGCUGUCAGUAAGAAAUCUGAUCUCAUCUGGUUUGAUUGUUUUUGUGGUUGUUAAUAUACACUCUCAAAACAUAGUAGGCCUGUAGCGGGUAAUAAAGGAUUUUUUUACUAGAGCUUUUGCGAACCAUCCAUAUGCGAUUUGUUUGUGAAAUGGUGCUUUUAAAAAGUCAAGUUUCCAAAUAUCGCUCCCUUUCUAACCACUUGCAAAUUCUCCAGUAACUUCUGUUUCAUGACAAUAUGCACAGGUAACACCAGUUUCUGUAUUGUACAUAAAUAUUUCUUGUAGCUGAACAUUCCUGACCUCAAGCUUUCAGAGUAGCAGUUUCUACCGUUUCAUUAAGCCAUUCCACUUUAAAUGAACUAGCAUUUCGUCUGCUUCUUUGGAAUUUGACAGGGUGAAUCAAUUUUAAUAAAAAUGGUAUAAAUAAGCCAGUUCUAAAAUCACCAGACAAAUCAUCGCCAACUCCAUGUUGUCAACAUCGUCCACUUCAGAACCCAGAAAAGGAAGUAUGAUUGUGAAAUGUACUUAACAAGCCAAUGAGGUAGAGGGUGGCAACCUUGUGUGCAGUUUAAAUUCUUUUUGCACCAGUAGCAAAAGGUGUGCAUGUGCACAUCUUGGAGGGAACAUUGAAAGGUGUUUGUCUAAAUUGUAUUCUGUUUAUAAUUUGGGCUACACACUAAUGGUAGCCAAACUUUUAAUCUGUGCAAUGUGGAUUUCAAAAAUCCAUUGUGUUCUAUUCAUUUUAUUUUUAAAAAAACACAACUAAUCUACCUGUGGACUCUCAGAUACUUCCCUCUCUUUGGGAGAGGGGGAAAAUAAAUUUGAAACAAGUGAAGAAGUCCCUCAGUAUCUUUUGUCCCAUCUCACUCUUGGCAGAGAUCUUUGAGAACACAAACUUCACUGGAGUAGUUUGUCAUUGUGGCCACCUUUUUAGCCCUUCAAUGCUGUGAAAUGGAAUGGAAAUUCUGUAGAAAAAUGGAUUAAAUCCUGAGAUUUUCUGUUGUCAAAUGUAAUGUGCAAGGUCUACAAUCUUGCAUAACAACUUGGACCAAAGAGCUGAAAGAAUCUCAUUACCCAUGUGGACAAACAAUCCUUUGCCUUGUGUAUAAAUACCAAGUUAGAGUUGACACAUACACGUGAGCCAAAGAGACAUCUUGUUUGCUGCCCCAUGAAACAGUUUUGAUGACAAUGUAUUCGCAGACUUUGCCAGCAAACUGCAAAACUUCUAAUAAUCAUACAUCAACAAAAAUACUUGUAUUGUUAUUGGCUAUUGUACUUCUGAUGCAAUUCCUGUUGGAUUCCUCCAUCCUGUAUUACUCCUUAGUGUUUGUUGGUUGAGAGCCGUUCCACUUCUGAAAGGUGUUGCCUUGCACUGUCCAAUCUGGAGAUUACACUUGGCACUAUAUCUAUUUUGCAGAUGGUAUAAUGGUUUUGCUUCUAGCUCUUGCAUUUGAGAGAAGUUUAUGGGGAAGAAUAUAAUUUCUUCUCCCAGGUAAGGGAAAAGAUGAUCAGCAAGAUUUCCACUUCUGUGCUGUAAACUAGUUAGGCAAGUUUACAGGUUUCUGCAGCCAGAGCUUCACUUCCCAGUUCCACCCCUGUCUCCAAGAAUAAUUAACAUGUGGAAUAAACAAUUAAAGCUAGAUGGAUUUGUGAUCUAUUCAUCUGUCCACCAAGAUGGUGUUUGAAAAUUCACAUAAGGAAAUGUAUUAUUUAAAACUGAGCCUGAGCUACAGCUCUAAACUAUUGUCUUCUAUCUUGGAAAAUGUGCCAAUGAUUUAAAGCCAAGGAACCAAUAGUUUUAAAUGUGACUGGAAUAUGUGAUCUUAAUGUAUCCAGUUAAGUAGUUGAUGUCAAAGGAAAGGAUUAUGAAGGUCAUUCCAAUGGAACUCUCCAUUUUGUCUGGAUUUUAAAGAGUGAAUUCAGCCUUAAUAUGGCUUAAAACCUGCCUUUGUUUUACAGUUGCAAAUCCUUUGUCCACAUAUACACCUAGGCUGCUGAGGGUAUUUGGGUAAUUAAUUCUAAACUAUGAAAACACAAACUUUGGAAAGAAUUCCAGCUGAGCACUUACUGAAAAGCAUUCCUUUUUGAAGUAGGAAGCCUUGAACUAAAAGUAGGGGCAUAUUUUCUUGAAUGAGGCAUUAAGCUCACAUUUGAAGUUAAGAGUAGGCUUGUUUACAUCGUCUUUUCCAAAUCCAUUGCCUAUUGCAAGUUUUUGAAGUGGGUUGAUCCAAUGGUUCAACUGGAGCCACUAAUAAGGACUAAACCUUUAUACUUCAAUUUGUGACUGGUAAUCAAUUAUUAGAGGUGCUAGUUGUAUCCUGAGGACCUACUUGCAACAGGUGAUGGAUUUGGGAAAGAAUUCUGUUACUGAAAUUCUGCCAAGAGGCAAGUAUCCCUUGGCAAUUUGCCAAAGUCUUUAAGAAAAAAAUGUAAACCUAUUAUUUGAUGCUGUUGGGUGUAACAGUCCCAAGAGGCAUUCCUCUGCAUCUCACUUCCCUCCCCUGCCUUGCAAACUGUGCUUGCCAAAUGGGGAAAAGGAGUUGGUGAUCUGAGAUUCAACCAGCUUCAAAUAUUAGUAGUUUAGCAUAGUCUUGGCAGUAAUAUUGUAAAUUCAACUGUAAAAUUGCAGCAAAGAUUUGAGUGCAAUCCUAUUAGCCUGCCCUUGUCUGGCUAGUUGGUAGUGUAUCUUGAAGUGUUUUCUAGUUAAAAAAUUGCUGUGAGAUGAGCAGUUAUCUCUACACAAUAGGAUGAUUCUGUUGAUAACAUUCACAGUAUAAUGGUUUUCCCAGAGAAUAUGCAACAAUGAUAAUGUUGUCUGGCUUUAAAAUGUACUAUUACCUAAUGAUAUCUGCUGGCAUGAAGUUGCAGGAAUUUAUUGGUGGAUAUUAACUUCCAUUUUAAAUACUGAUUGGAUGAUUCUUUUUUUUAGAAAAAGGGACCAGUUUUGUUCCAAAUGUUGAACAGUAAACGUGUUCAGAGCUGAGCAUCUCUACAGCAGCUUGUAAGAAGAGUUCAUUUAGAAAUGCUCAAAGGUCUUGCAACUGUAAAUUUGUUAAAGGCAAGAAUAGUAGUGUUUUUGGGGGGGUGGGGGAAACAAACGGGUCAAAUGUUAACUGUGCUUGAUUUAAUCUCAUCAAACCUGCUUUUGUACAUGUGAGGCAGCUGCUGUUUAGAUGGAUUCUACAAUGACAUGUAAUGCUGUUUUAUGCCAGGUAUUACCACAUGCCUUAAAUGUUUAAUAAAAUGCAUACUGAUUA